AUGGUGCGAAAGCUUAAGCAUCAUGAGAAGAAACUUUUAAAGAAAUUCGACUUUAUCAACUGGUCCGCUGACAACAAUCUUCACGAGCUCAAAAUAAUUAAAAGAUUUCACAUCCAAAAAAGGGAAGAUUACACACUUUACAACAAGCUCUCUCGAAACAUUCGGGAUAUAGCGGAGAAACUGAAAGAUAUUGACGAGAAGGAUCCAUGGCGAGCGGAAAUGACAAGUAUGCUCUUAGCGAAAUUACAUAACCUUGGUCUAAUCCCGACUAAAUCGUCCUUGAAAUUGGCUUCCAAAGUUAGUGCAUCGUCAUUCUGUAGAAGACGACUGCCAGUUGUAAUGGUUCGUGCACACCUUGCGGAAACCAUCAAGGCUGCUGUUACAUUCAUUGAACAGGGACAUAUCAGAGUUGGCCCCGACACAAUUCGUGAUCCUGCAUUUUUGGUAACCAGGCAAGUAUUCUUGAGUAGCAAAAUGCGUUUAUUCUUAGAAAUAAUUGAAUUCUACGGGUGGUCUAUAAAAAAUCUAAUUAUGCACAACAACUGUCCUCGAAUCAAGGUGCCGACCGUCGAUCCUAAUUGUCCAGCUCCUGUUCUGUCUUUUAGGCCAAUGGAAGAUUAUGUAACAUGGGCACCAGGCUCUAACAUCAAGAAGAACCUUCAGAAAUACAAAGGCAUGGUUGAUGAUUUUGACGACGAAUAA